CCUUGGACGUAAUUUUCACACAAGCAGCAUUUGAAUAAGGAAGAUGGCGGCUGCAGCAGUGGUUGAGUUUCAGAGAGCUCAGUCUCUCAUUAGCACGGAUCGCAACGCUUCUAUCGAUAUUCUCCAUUCAAUAGUGAGGAGAGAUGUUCAGGAGAACGAUGAGGAAGCUGUCAGGGUUAAAGAACAAAGCAUCCUGGAGCUGGGGACCCUCCUGGCCAAGACAGGACAGGCUGCAGAACUAGGGGGUCUGCUGAAAUUUGUGAGGCCUUUCCUGAUCUCUAUCAGUAAGGCCAAGGCGGCCCGGCUGGUCCGUUCUCUGCUGGACCUCUUUCUUGACAUGGAGGCAGCCACAGGACAAGAGGUGGAGCUGUGUCUUGAAUGCAUUGAGUGGGCAAAGGCUGAGAAGAGGACCUUCCUACGACAGGCUUUGGAGGCACGACUGAUCUCACUCUAUUUUGACACCAAAAGAUACCAGGAGGCCUUGGCACUUGGCUCCCAGUUACUUCAGGAGCUGAAGAAGAUGGAUGACAAAGCUUUGUUGGUGGAGGUUCAGCUCCUGGAGAGUAAGACAUACCACGCUCUGAGUAACCUGCCCAAGGCACGUGCCGCCCUCACCUCAGCCAGGACGACCGCCAACGCCAUCUACUGUCCCCCAAAGCUUCAGGCAGCGCUGGACAUGCAGUCAGGGAUCAUCCAUGCGGCAGAGGAGAAGGACUGGAAGACGGCUUACUCCUACUUCUUUGAGGCCUUCGAGGGCUACGACUCCAUCUACAGUCCCAGAGCCAUCACAGCACUCAAAUACAUGCUUCUCUGCAAGAUUGUGCUCAACUUACCAGAGGAGGUACAAGGCCUGAUCAGUGGUAAACUGGCCCUGCGGUACGCCGGUCGCCAGACAGAUGCAUUGAAAUGUGUUGCCCAGGCCAGCAAGAACAGAUCAUUAGCAGACUUUGAAAAGGCCCUAACAGAGUACAGAGCAGAACUGAGGGAUGACCCCAUCAUCAGCACCCACCUGGCUAAGUUGUAUGACAGCCUGCUGGAACAGAACCUCAUCCGAGUCAUCGAACCCUUCUCCAGAGUACAGAUAGAACACAUAUCAGGUCUCAUCAAACUGUCAAAGGGGGAUGUUGAGAGGAAACUAUCACAAAUGAUCCUGGACAAGAAGUUUCAUGGAAUCCUUGACCAAGGCGAAGGUGUCUUGAUCAUAUUUGAAGAGCCCCCAGUGGACAAAACAUAUGAAGCAGCUUUGGAAACUAUUCAGAAUAUGAGCAAAGUCGUGGAUUCACUCUACAACAAAGCCAAGAAGCUAACAUAGAACAAAUGGUGACCACAGCAGUGCGGUGGAGGAACUGUGUGUGUGUGACCAGCGUGUGUAACGUUUUAAGAAGGGGACAAGGGAGAGUGAAGUCCCACAAACUGCAACAAACAGGAUUCCCAAAUCAAGGUCCCCCCCUCUCCCUCAAUGGACAAUUUCAUCACUUCUUCUCUUUUUUUUCCUUUCAUUUUGAUAUCCAUUCAGGAUUCUAUAUAACACUCAGCGGCCAGAGCAGGCCAUCAGGGAAUAUUGUACAACCACAAUAAAAAGAUUAACAAGUUAAAGUAUACAUAUAUGUUUAUAUCUCCUAUAGAAUAAAUGUUGGGCUUACAAAGCCUUAAGCUGACUCCACUGCAACCUCAAAGGUGCAACAUCGACCUCGGGAGCCUCAGACCCUGCGACUAACUGUACAUGCAGGGACCAGGCUUUUUCUUUGUUCUGGUUCAUAUCUUUCAGAAGCACAUUGUUAAGUUUUUGGAAGGUUGGGAUACUCCUUGGGAUACUCUGGCAAUUGAAUUUUGGUCAAAGAGCUCCCUCUAGCUCUUACGUUUUUGCUCACCAUAUCAAUGCCAACAGUCAGUCCCCACUGGAUUUCAAACAGCUGUUAAAUUAACUUUAUUUGGUUUGUGUUUUUUUGUUGUUGUUGGUGGUGUUUGAAAGUUAAAAAAACAAAACAAAUUAAAUUGAUUGCCCCAUUUCUGCCCCUCUUACUCGUGUAAGGACAUAGAGCAAAUAGGAUGCCAUUUCACCACUAGUGCCCCUUUUUUGCCCUUCUGUUUGCCUCCGCAUUUGGGUGCAAUAAAAAUUAGGGGUGCAGAAGUGGAGUCUAUUCAUUGCCUCUGAGCUUCUAUGUCUUAUCCCCAAAUGAGCAAUUCUCCAUUGUUAGUUUCUAGCACUAGUGUGAUAUGCUAGUAACCAAACAAUUUGUAUGGUUUUGAUUUUUUUGUUGUUUUCAUUUAUAAAGUCAUUUUCAAAAUAAAUAUUUUGUAUUUUAAUGAUUUUUGUCUUGCCUCUUGCAAAAAAAAAAAAAAAAAAAAAAAAUCACUAAUUUAUGGUGAUUUGACCUGGUAACUGUUUUGAUUUGACCACUUACUAUGGUGUUCUGCUGUUUUUUGAGGGUAAGAGGACUUUGGAGUUCUUUGUGUUGACAAAGUGUGUUUUGAGAUGAACCUUAGGAUGGGAGUGUGAUAGACAAUGUGUACAACACUGGUGAGGAAAUGUGCCUGUAGUUUCUUACGAAUGGGGGGUGGGGAAAGCAAAGGGAAGACAUCAGUGUCAGUAAGAAAGAAUCCUUACUAAAAUCUGCCCACGGGAAUUGAGAUGUUCACACUGUAUGAAGUAUGAAAUUCACUCAAGAUUCUCUUUCUCCUGUCGGUAAACUGGUCACCUGAUUGAAAAAAGCCACAUCACAUCAAAGGGCAUUAAAUCACAGUUUAAAUGACAGCUUUGGAUUGUCUUUUUGUUUUGAUUUUUACACAAAGCAAUGUGAAAUUGUUGUUUACCUAACCUAAUGCCAGACUUGGGGAAAGGGCAUGGACUUUACUGUACAAUGCCAUUUUUAUCAAGGCUUGGUUUCUCAGAGCUGGGCUUCAGUGACCAGAGCUCCUGUCAACCGUUGUAAUCCAAUGUGCAUCGCUGGCCUUAAUGCCUAGAUGCUAUCUGAGAGCCACCAGGCCGUGUUUUCCAUCUCUCAGUUCAGAUGGUGUGUUUCCUUGUGCACUAUCAGUCAUAACUUGUGUUUAUCUUUGUACCACAGUGCUCAGACAAGUGCCAUAACGUGCAGAAAUGGUGUCUCUCUUUUCUUUUUUCUUUUCUUUUUUUUUAAAUUUUGUUUUCCCUUUCAGAGCCAUGACAACAAGAAGCACAGUCACGUUAUCAUAACACCUUUUCACAAACUGGAGGUGUUCACAGCUGUCAUGCCUAUUUUAGGAGGAGGAAGUUUCAGGGAUGUUCAGUUCCCUAAAAUUGCAAGCCUCAAAAUUAUUCUGCCAUCAAGAGAUCCUUGUUGGAUUUGAUGCCCUUAUGUAUAUGUGUUUACAAAAGUACAGCCUCUUUUCACAGUGUCCCAUGUUAUCCCAAAUAAAGGCAUCCCAAUGAAAUGUUUUACUAUUAUUCACAUUCUACAAAUUUGUAAUAUAGCCCGUUAGCCAUUCACAGCUUCAUUUUAUUUUACAAACCAAAAAUAAAGUAUUGUUGAUUGUUUUUGGAUUUAUAUACACAUCAGUAACAAAUGUACAAGCGGUUCUUGCUGACCAACAAUUACCGAGUCUAGCUAUCUGAUGUUCAGAUGAGUUCAAAUAAAAUCUUUUUUUUUUUUUUCUCUC